UGUCUGAAAUUUACUGGCAGAUUUCAGUCAGAUUUGGCAGAGGGGUAAUCAUGUUUCUCCGGGUUUCACAAGAAUGGGGAAAGGGAAGAAACCCUCUAAGGCAUCUUUAAAGAAAGACUUCAGUGUGAGCUCAACCCUAGUUAGACUUCAGAGAAUCCAGCUUUAUAGAUUUAUCUGCAGGAGACUGUCACAUUUAAGAUGGCCUUACAUGAAAGAAAAGCACUCCUAGCCCACUGGUUAAAACCAUCUUUAAAGCUAGUUGAAGUUACAUUUUUUUGUCUGGCAUUCUGAAUUCACAAGCACUUGGUGCUACUCAGAAAGCUGGGCGUACUGCAGGGCCUGCAAUUCCCUAGACAGAUGCACCUAAAAGAAUUCAGCUGAAAAUAAAGCAAAGCUAGCUGGAUGUUAGGAUGGGAGAACAGGAAAGCUAAGUCACUGAGUCACUGAGAAAAUCGAAGCAGCAGCAGACAUGAAGCUGCCCACUUAAAAAAUAGGAAUACUCUUCAUGACUCCUAAACUUAUAAAUACAUUGGCAACAGGCCGUGAGCCUGUGUCAAAUGUCAUGCAUGUUGAAGAUCCUGAUAGUGUGUAGAAGCCUCAUAGGGACCAGAUUGCUAAUAGCAUGUAAAGAUGCACUUUCUAGAUGCCUCAGGGCUUUUCUAAUUUGAAGAAGUAUUUUGAUACUGUUUCAUGUGAAGUUUUCUUGAAUAGUAAGCUGAAGGGGUUAUGAUAUAUUGCAGGCUGAUAACUAGUUUAAGCACAAGUAGUUGUUUCCAGUCAAUUACAGAUCACAGAGAUUAAAGCUCAAAAGCAUGAAGUGACAAACUGGCAGAAAAAUACUAACUUCAAGCUUACAGAUGGGACAGAAUUAUCUGUACAACGGAAGAAAGAAAGUCAUGUAAAAGGAGGAUCUUAGUAAAAAUAUGUUGCCCAUAUAAUAGCGAGGGGAAUCAUCUAAACUGCCCUUCCCUUAGACUGCGAUAAGUCUGAGAGUGCAUAUGACCAGCAGAAAAAGAAUUCCGUAGUUCCUGAUUCCUUGUGUUCUCCAUUGUAAGAGAAACUCUAGGAUGAAAUUUCCAGUCAAAAGUAGAGGAAGAGGACAGAAGUACUCACCCCAGAAUAGUAAAAUAGUAUGGCAGUCAGGAGACGUCUUGAAGCUGGGAAAACCAUAUCCAGAUAUGUUCUACAUGGUUCAGACCAGAGGGAUAAAAUUGUUUCUCUACCUUCCCAUGCAAGUUCCUUCAUCCCUGACCUGCUGUUCUACCAGUGUUGCGUCUCAUGAAAACCUUUGGAAGAUCUGCUUUUGUUUUACUGCAGAACAGAAGCCCUUUGGAAGUCUAAAAGGCUUACAGGACAAGAGAGUCACGAUGACAGAUUUGCCUUCACUGCUGAAUGGUAUGACCCAAAUGCUUCACUCUUUCGGCGUUAUGAACUUCUGUAUUAUCCAAAAGAUGGAUCAGUUGAAAUGGUUUCCUGCUAUAAAUAUCAAAUGCAGAAAUAAAAAAGCUAGUGGAAUCUGCCUUUUCUUACCCAAACUACUGCACACUGAAACCAUGGUACCCACCUGUUAUGAUGUGAAGAACCGUCGCACCUUUCUGAAGCGCACCAAGUAUGAGAGUUUACACCUUGAGGAUUUAUUUGUGGGAAACAAAAUUACUGUUUUUUCCCGUCAUCUAUCCUUAGUGGACUAUGGGGAUCAAUAUACAGCCCGCAAGCUGGGGAGCCGCAAAGAGAGAACACUGGCUUUGAUUAAACCUGAUGCAAUGCCCAAGAUUGGAGAAUUAAUUGAUAUAAUUAUUAAUGCAGGAUUUACAAUAACUAAGGCCAAAAUGAUGGUGCUUUCAAGAAAAGAAGCAGCUGAUUUCUACGUAGACCAUCAAUCAAAACCUUUUUAUAAUGAGCUUCUCCAGUUUAUAACGAGUGGUCCCAUUGUUGCUAUGGAAAUCUUAGGAGAUGAUGCAGUUUGUAAAUGGAAAACAUUACUGGGGCCAGCAAACUCUGCAGUGGCUCAGACUGAUGCACCAGACAGCAUUAGAGCAAACUUCGGACAUGAUGGCCUAAGAAAUGCAGCUCAUGGCCCAGAUUCGGUUGCUUCAGCUGCUCAAGAACUGGAGUUGUUCUUUCCCUCCAGUGGAGGUCGCGGACCAGUCAACAGUGCAAAAUUCACAAACUGUACUUGUUGCAUUAUUAAGCCUCAUGCAGUUAAUGAAGGGCUGGCUGGAAAGAUUAUAAAAGCCAUCAUCAGUGAAGGAUUUCAGAUCUCAGCUUUGCAGAUGUUCAACAUGGAGCGUGCAAACGUGGAAGAAUUUUAUGAGAUUUACAAAGGUGUCGUCGCUGAAUAUAUGGACAUGGUUACAGAGUUGUGUUCAGGCCCUUGCAUAGCAAUGGAGAUUAUACAGCUUGAGCCUCCAAAAGUGUUCAGAGACUUCUGUGGUCCUUCUGACCCUGAAAUAGCCCGUUAUCUCCGACCUGGAACUCUGCGUGCUGUCUUCGGGAAGAACAAGAUUCAGAAUGCUGUCCACUGCACAGACCUACCUGAAGAUGGACUUUUGGAGGUGCAGUACUUCUUCAAGAUUCUGGACACCUAACAGCCCCCAUCCUCAGCCAAUGCAAGAGACACGCAGGCAGAAUGGUGUGUUCAUUCAUUUAUUUGUCCAAUGUUUCAACCUGACUGAAAUACAAGAUCAACAAGAGCACUGUACUCCUGGCUAUUAUUACAUGUUAGAACAUAGAGUUUUGCACUUUAGACAACAUUUAACACCAUUCUAUGGGGUACUGCAUUGCUUUUAUAAAGUUUAAAAUAAAAGAUUUAUUUUCAAACAUGUGACUUUGGUUUAUUUCAUACAUUACACUUUCUUGCAGAAAAAAUAAAAUUGUACAACUGCAUAAAUAUAAAAUUCUUCCACCAUGAAAAUGGUUAAAACAUUCAAUAAAGACAUUAGCACCACAGUGUGCGAUGCCUCCAGCAGGAAAAAAAAAAAAAAAAAAAAAAAAAGAGAGAAAAAAGAAAAAAAGAAGAGAAAGAAGAAAAAGAAAAGAAAAUAUACAAAGCAAAGAGUUACGCCUAUCACUGAGGGGAGUGAUAGUCUGACCCGGUCUCCCACACAACAUACUGGAGGAUGAGGGAAGAGGUGGAGAGAGAGACAGCAUUCGCUACAAAGCACAGUACACAAUCACCUAUUCUCUUUAACGUCACUUAAGUUAGUUUCCCCUGCCACCCCUCCAAA